AUGGGGUUUAAUAUUGCCAUGGUCUGUGAUUUCUUCUUCCCUCAAUUGGGGGGUGUGGAGUUCCAUAUUUAUCAUCUAGCCCAGAACUUAAUAUCCCAAGGCCAUUCCGUCGUAAUAAUCACCCAUCAAUACAAGGAUAGAAUUGGCGUGAGAUACUUAACUAAUGGACUAAAAGUAUAUCAUGUCCCAUUUCUAGUGAUGUAUAGGGAAACAACGUUCCCCACCGUAUUCUCGACAUUCCCUAUCCUUAGAAAUAUAUUGAUAAGAGAACAAAUUCAAAUUGUACACUCACAUGGUGCAGUAUCUACUUUAGCUCAUGAAGCUAUCUUACAUGCAAAUACAAUGGGAUUAUUGACAGUUUUUACGGACCAUUCGUUAUAUGCAUUUGAUACUACCGGUUCAAUUUUAGCAAACAAAAUUCUAACAUUUUCCCUUACAAAUAUUGAUAGAGUCAUUUGUGUUUCUAAUACUUGUAAAGAAAAUAUAAUUUUAAGAGCAGAUUUACUACCAGAAAUGGUCUCUGUGAUUCCUAAUGCUGUCAUUAGCGAGGACUUUAAACCUAUUUCUCGUGAUAUCAAACUUCGAAACAAAAACAAGAAAGGUAAUAUUACAAUCGUUAUUAUAGGUAGAUUGUUUCCUAAUAAAGGUUCAGAUCUCUUGACACGGCUUAUCCCAUUGAUUUGUUCUCGAGAUGAUAGAGUUAAUUUUAUUAUUGCUGGUGAUGGUCCCAAAUUCAUUGAUUUCCAACAGAUGAUAGAAGCAAAUAGAUUAGAAGAAAGAGUUCAACUAUUGGGGGCUGUACCGCAUGAAAAUGUCAGAGACGUUAUGUGUCAAGGUGAUAUUUAUUUACAUGCAAGUUUGACAGAAGCCUUUGGAACUGUUUUAGUGGAGGCUGCAUCAUGUGGUUUACUAAUUGUUACUACCAAUGUAGGUGGGAUACCGGAAGUCCUACCUUCGAAUAUGACUGUAUUCGCCAAGGAGACGUCUGUAUCUGCACUUGUAUUAGCCAUCAACGAGGCGAUUGGUUUAUUUCGAUCUGGUCACUGUGAUACUUCAACCUUCCAUGAAGAAAUAUUCAAGAUGUACCGUUGGGAGGAUGUGGCUAAAAGGACCGUUCAAGUAUACGAAGAUAUUUACUCAACUUUUUCUAUGGAUGAAAAAAAUUGGAUAUACAUGUUGAAGAAGCUUUAUAAGAGAGAAGGGCUUUGGGCAAGACAUUUAUAUGUGUUAUGUUCUAUAAUUAAUUAUAUGCUUUAUGUCAUCUUUGAAUGGCUUUAUCCAAGAUCAGAAAUCGAUAUUGCUCUUAAGUGGCCACCAAAAGAGUGA